AUGAAUUAUUCAAUCAUUCAAUCAGCAAGAGAAGAAUUAAUUAAGUAUGAAGACGAAUGUAAAGAAUUGAAAGAAAGAGUAAAUCUUUCGCUCUUUUCUUUAGCUCGAUCUAAUCUUAAUUCUGCUGAGAAAAAAAAAGUCUGGCAAGGUUUGUCUGAGUCAGUUAUGAAUGUUGCUGAAAAGGCUGAGAAAAUGAUUAAUAAGUUGAGCAGUGUUCAUUUUGCAGAGGAAGAAGAUGUUCUCCAUGAAGAAAGAAAUUCGAUAGCACGCGAGUACAAAAAUUUGCUAAGAGAUUUGCAAAGAGAAAAGGAAACUAUUAUUAGGCAAAUUGAAAAGGAUACUUUUUUAAUAGUUCCUUUACAACAAAAAGUUCCGAAAGAAGGCUAUUGUUAUUUCUGUGAUAUAAGAAUUUCGGGAAUUCCUUAUCGGUUGACAAAGGAAGAGCAAAAAGUUUUGGAGAUUGAAAUUGUAGAGGGGGCAGGAUUUUGUUCGCAAGAUUGUUUGUUAGGCCAUUGUAAAGAAUAUAAGAAUCGGGAAAGCAUUCGCCAGGAAGAAGAGAAAAAAAAUGAGGAAAAAAUUGAAAGUGGUAAAAGAUUAAUUACACAAAUUCAGUUAGCGAUAGGAGAUUUAACAAACAGAGUUAAUAAAUUAGAAAGAAAGGAAAGGAGUUUGGAAUUAGAUAUUGAUAUUUUGCCUUCUGAAGAAAAGGUAGGAUUUUUUCGCCGUAUAGCACAAAAUUUAGGUUUAGCGAAAAAAAAUGAUCCUCAUGAUAGGUUGAUGGAGGUUAGGAAGAAAAAGAACAGGUUGAAAAUGGAAUUAGAAAAAAAAAAAGGAGAAUUACAGAAAACUUUAGUGAUCCUAUCUGUUGAUGAACAGAAGGCGGUAGAAUUUGUCGUAUACAUUUCCGUGAAUAUGUUUAUCAAGGGCUUUUACCAGGUUUUAAAAAGGCUUCUUGUUAAAGAAAUAAAAGAACAUUGUCGAGGUCGAGGUGUUUUUAUUAUUUCUACUCCAUUUGGGUUAUUAACUCACCGCGAAGCUUUACAAAAGUCUACUGGAGUACCACCAACUGUGAAAGUGCUUUUACACAAAGGAAGAAUUACUGUCGAAGGCCCAUUAGGUAAAAACGAAAUUUUUUUUCCGGGUGGGUUAGAAGUAGUUAAUGAAGAAAACAAAAUAUCUACGAAAUCAGAAAAUAUAGCGCUAGCGGGAACUCAUAAUUCUUUAAUUUACAACGCGAUAAAAGGGGUAACGGAAGGUUAUCAAGAGGUCCUGGAGGUAAAAGGAAUUGACAUUCCAAAAGAACUCGAAGUAAAAAUUGACGGAAAUAAAAUAAUAAUCAAAGGAGUAAAUAAGCAACAAGUUAGAAAGUUUGCAGCCAGUGACAUUAAGCCACUACGUUUACCGAGUGUUUACAAGAAAGCGAAAGGAAUUUACUAUGUGGGGGAAGAAGAAGCUAUUGAUGAUAGGAUAGGACAUACACUUUUAUGUUUAUCAACUGCUGAUUUGAUUGAAGAAAGCAAUAAUUUUUCUCGCAAAAAUAGAGAAUACGCGAAAAAAUUGGGAGAAUUGUUCGCAGAAAAAUUAAAAAAGGAAGAGACAAAGCGGCCGGUGACUGUAACUAAGGGUGGACGAAGGUUUAGUUUUACUUCUUUGGUUUUGGUCAAAGAUGAAGAAAAAAGGGCAGUUGCUUUUGCGCGUGCAAGCGGCAAGGAAGCAAUCAGUGCUUUUCGCAAGUCUGUGCGGAAAGCUCAAAAAAAAUUGGUUGUUUAUUUUCCUGAGCCGAUUCAAACUAUUCCCUAUCAGGUGUUAGUGAAAGAUGGAGCAACUAAAGUUUUUUUAAAGCCUGCUCCUCCCGGAAAUGGUAUUAGAGCUGGUGGAAUACUUAGUAAGUUAUUCAAAUAUUUAGAAAUUAAAGACAUCAGUGCAAAAAUAAUUGGUUCGCGUAACAAAAUGAAUAAAAAAAAGAUUGUUGGCCGCGGUGAAGGUUCGGGUAGUGGAAAAACUUGCGGGCGAGGUCAAAAAGGGCAAAAGGCAAGGAAAAGUGGUCAUACUCGUCCGGGAUUUGAGGGUGGUCAAACUCCAGUUUAUCGACGUUUUCCUAAGCGGGGUGGAGGAUUUAAAAUUCCUAAAAUUUCUUUUCAGGUGAUUAAUCUAGAAAAAUUAGAAAAUGAUGAGAAGAUUAUUACUGGGCAGACAGUGGAUUACACUCAAAGUAAAUUUCAUGUGAAGAUACUAGGAGAAGGAGAAUUAACUAAGGCUUUGACAGUUAAGGCAAAUUUUUUCUCUCGGGUUGCUCAGGAGAAGAUUAUUAAAGCAGGAGGAAAAUUUCAGAUAAUAAAAAAAUAG